AUGCGCUUCCUUGCUGAUUCGAUUCUAGAUACUUCAAUAUCGACGAUCUCUUACACUGUUCCAUCCACCCAUGUCGUCAACCACAUCACGCAAUAUUCCGAUACUGUCGUGACUGAUGCUUCGACUUCAGUCACAGACUUUACAAGCUCUAUCCUGGUGACGAUCGACUUAGCUGCCCGAUUACCCAGCAACGGCAUCCCAGGUGGACCUGGACCAACACAGUCCGAACUGAGUGGAGCGACAACCGUAGUGUAUGCACAGACUGUUGCCUCUCCCACAAACUUCUUUGUCUACCGCACAGCUAGAAUUAUUCGUGUUCCUGCCAUCACAGAUUCGAAUGGUCAACUUGUGUGCACCACCGUUUCAACCUUCUUUCCAUCCACAUUCGGCGCCACUCCAAGCUCUGUGCUUUUCCCAGGCGUCAACCCGUACGCCGAAGCAUACUUCAACGGUGCUACAGCAACCAACGCACCCGCUGCAAGUGUUGCAACAGACUUAUCGCUUUCGACCCCAUACCUCGAUAAGCUCCCCACCCCAGCAAUUGCCACAAAUUUACCCGCAAAUGCCAUUCCCUCCACGGGCGGUUUCACACAAAAUGGAUUCAAUGGAUUAAGGGCCGCUACUUCAGGUAGCCUCGAUACAUCAGAGUCAGAUUACGGUUGGGUUGACCCCUUCUUCAUCAAAUUCCUAGCUCAGCAAUCCGACUACCUGAGCCAGUAUCCAGGACUCUCCACCUGUCUCCCAGGUGGCCCUUCCAUCGACCCAGGCAGGCGAACCGCAAACUUAGUUCCUACUCCAACGCUCGCGCCCGCCAUAACAGACACCGCAACCUCAACGACCUACGUCUCAGGAUGCUUGAACACAGCCGCACCAGAAUGUGCCACGGUCCCUCCACCCUCACCAACACCUCCCCAACCAGAUACACAGGCUCCAGAACCCUCUCCGACAUCGGUCGCUCCACCACCACCACCACCAUCUUCAAGCCCCCCACCUCCACCACCUCCACCACCUUCCCCAUCAGCACCCUCAUUCAACCCCGGCGACGAAUCGCCAUCCCAGCUCUCUGAGCUGUUCUCAGCCCUUCAACCUGCUUCUACACCUGUCGCCUCUCCAGUAUCGCCACCGCCACCAGUAUCGAUAGAAACCUCACCACCUCCUCCAGUCGUCACCACUAGUGUUCCGCCUUCUCCCGCAACGACGCUAGAGACUUCACCGUCGCCUCCCGCGGUCACGCCAAAUCCGUCGACAACCCCAGCUGGUGAGUCAAGGGCUACCGCUCCUACUAUAUCUUCCCCCUCGACAUUCCCCGGGGCUGCAAGCCGGGAUGGGCGUGAGCCAUUGUGGUCGCUCUUGAGUCUGUCCCUUGGGCUUGGAAUACUCGGAAUUCUUUAA